UCCUCCAUUUUCUUUUGUUUAAAACUUAUUUUAUGUUUAAAAACAUUUAUAUUGCAUUGACAUUCACCAUUAGUUUGUUAAAUUAAUAGAAACAUAUUUUAUCUUUACAAAUUUUUAUAUGUGAAUUUUCGAAUUGCUCAAGGCUAUCAUUUAAUUACAAAUCUAUCAUUUUGUUUUAAGUAUCUUACGCUUUUUAUAGUUUCAGUUGAAAAGUUAUUUUACUUAAACUGUAUUUGAUUUUUAAACUAUUAUUAGUUGCCACUGUGCUCACACCAGUGCAAGCUGAAGCUGUUCCUUUUCCUUCGGUUGAAGGACAGCGAGGUCUAUAUGGUCGUUUUUGUGACUGGAUGACUUCUCAAUUUUCUGAAUUAGUUGAAGACUUUUCUGAGCCUGUUGUCGUUGAUGAUGAUAGCGCAGAAGAUGAUUCUGAAGGAGAUCCUUUGACAGUUUGCAAGCUUAAGGACAACUUAGUGCGAUUUACCAAUGCUACAAAACCUGUCUCUUCUCUUGCUGAUAGCUUCGUAUCAUUGCUACGGUGGAAUUCACCAGGAGCAACAUUGUUAGCAUUUUUUGUUUAUAUGAAUACUGUGUAUCAUGGUUGGCUUCUUUCCUUGAUCCUCAUCUUAUUUAUAUCUCAACUAAUACUCAACUAUAUCACGUAAGGUAUUCCUUUCUUU